AUGGAUUGUCUUCGUGCAUUUCUUGCCAAGCUCCAGAAUUGGCAAAGGAAAGUCAAUGCAGGAAAUGUUGCCAUGUUUGAGAAUCUUUCAACUGUUCUUGAUGAGAAUGAAGAUCAUCUGCUUGACCCAUCACUCAAAAGUGAAAUCACUCAGCACCUGAAAUCCUUGGAAGACGAAUUUCUUGAUCUCAAGAAUGAUUCUGCUGCCAAAGAUCUCUAUGAAGAAAUAUCUCUGACUGUAUUCUGGUGCUCAAUGUAUCCAAAAGUUAGCGAGAUUGCACUUCGAGUCCUCUUGCCUUUUUCAACUUCCUAUUUAUGA